UAUUGGUUCCAUGGACAACGGUUUCCCGCGGAAACGGCAGCGUCUUAAUACGACUAAGCAAUUCCGUAUCUGGUUCUCUCUCUCUCGCUCGCGCUCUGCGUUUCCAUGGACUCGAAACCUUCAACAACCACCGCUCCUCUACUGAACCAGAAAAACCCUAACAAUCCUCCAUCGAAGCCGAAGCCAAGGGACUUCCUGAACCACCUCGAAGCCUACCUCGCCAAGCGAGAUGGCGUCGACAAGCUCAUCAAGAUAUCUCGGUACGCCACCAAGAUCGUCAUCGCCUCCUCCGCCCUCCCGGAAACCCUGCCCCUAACGCAGCGGCUCAAGAGCUUCGAGUCGAGCGUCGGCGUCAGUCGCAAGGCCUUCCGGUUAGGUAAGUUCGUCCAGGACGUCAACGCUCUGAGGAGCUCGACAUUCGAUUCGAAUCAGGAGCUCGUACUCGCACUAAUCGCCUACGGCGGCGAGGGACUGUAUUUUUUCGUUGAACAGUUCGUCUGGCUGGUCAAAUCGGGGUUGAUCGAUAAGAAGCACUCGCGGAAUUUGCAGAAGAUCAGCGCCUGGGCCGAGUUCAUCGGGUACGCCGGCAGCAUUUCGUUGAAAUUCAGGGAUUUGAAUCGGAUCUCGGAAGACGAAAAGUGCGUGAAAUCGAGCAUUGAGAUCGCGAUUACGAGGGGGAACGGGUGCGAGGAAGAGAAGGAGAGGUUGAGUAAAUUGCGUGAGAAGAAAAUGAUGAAGAGGCUCUCUGUGGUUCAAGAUUCGGCGGAUGCGUUAAUGGCGUUGGCGGAUAUCCGGGACGGCGGCGGACCGUUCCUGGGGCCGCUUUCGGUAUCGCUGGCCGGGAUGUUGUCGGCUCUGAUUAGCACUCACAAAAAUUGGGUGUCCUGCUGAGAUUCAUGGCCAUUUUACAAGAGCAUGUGGAAGUGGUCGGUUCAUAUUUUCUAAAUGAUAAAAAAUCAAAUGAAGUGGCAACUUAUAUGUAGUGCCUAACGUGAAGAACUUCAAUGGAUGGAUUUGAAUGUGUAAGUGAACCUCACAGAAGUUAGAACAACGG